CUUCCAUAGGUGGCAGUGUGUGUGUGUGUGUGAGAGAGAGAGUGUGUAAGUGUGCGAGUGUGUGUUCGAGGUUGGCGUGUAUCCGUGAGUGUGUACGCGAGCGUGUGUGUGUGUGUGUGUGUGUGUGUGUGUGAGAGAGAGAGAGAGGCAGAACAAGGGAAACGCGGCAGAAGAAACGAUGGUAAAGUGAAAGCAGAAAGGCCUGGAGAGCGCGCACACCGGGGAUUACUGACACCGGGGGCACGGAUUUGGGAAGGAAGGCCAGGAUCAACCUUCAUCCUCCUCCUCCUCCUCCACCUCCUCUUUCUUCUCUUUCUGCCAUGCAUCAUCAUCAUCAUCAUCAGUAGGAGCGGAGGAUGUAGACCCUCUCUCGGCCUGCUCUCUCAGUACUACCCUGAUCGUGAGCUGAAUGGGACUGGUGCGUCCGCGUCUGCGUUUGGAUUUGGCGAUGCCCCGUGUCCCGGAGCGCACAGACCCGGAGCGUGUUCGCGCCUCGGCGGACGGUCCGAGUGUGAAAUGGAACCGGCUUUAUUAGGCUUCGAUUGGGAUUGUGCUCGAGUGGAUCGGAAUUAAAGGCAAAGCGGCCUGGGAGGAGCCUCGCUGUGUGUCCUGCAGCCACCGAUCUGAGAUCUUUCACAUAGCGACCGGAGCGGGAUUGUUCUGGACUGGUUCUGCUGGGCUUUGAUGGAGCUUGAGAACAUCGUUGCUAACACGGUGCUCCUAAAAGCGAGAGAGGGCGGAGGAGGAAAGCGGAAAGGGAGGAGUAAGAAAUGGAGGGAGAUCCUGCGCUUCCCCCACAUCAGCCAGUGCGUGGAGCUGAGCAAAACCAUCGAGAGAGAUUACUCCAGCCUGUGUGAGAAGCAGCCCAUCGGGCGACUGUUGUUUCGGCUGUACUGUGAGACCCGACCAGAACUGCAACGAUGCAUUCAUCUACUGGAUGCCAUGGAGGAUUACGAGGUGACGCCGGACGAGAAGAGGAAGAGUCGAGGAGAUCAGAUCAUCAAGAAGUUUCUCACCAAGCAGUCACCGGAGUGUGUAGACGUCGUGGAGGGUUUGGCCGAGCACUGCAGAGAAAACCUGGAGCUGAGUCCAUGCAAGGAGAUCUUCAGCGACUGUCGCAAGGCUCUUCAUGACUACCUGAGCGGCGCUCCCUUCUCCGACUAUCAGAACAGCAUGUACUUCGAUCGCUUCCUCCAGUGGAAGAUGCUGGAAAGGCAACCGGUUACGAAGGACACAUUUCGGCAGUACCGGGUCCUGGGAAAGGGGGGUUUUGGAGAGGUAUGUGCGUGUCAGGUGAGAGCUACAGGUAAAAUGUACGCCUGUAAGAAACUGGAGAAGAAGAGGAUAAAGAAGAGGAAGGGCGAGUCCAUGGCACUGAACGAGAAACAGAUCCUGGAGAAGGUCAACAGCAGAUUUGUGGUGAGUUUAGCGUACGCGUACGAAACCAAAGACGCAUUGUGUCUGGUGCUGACCAUCAUGAACGGGGGCGACCUGAAGUUCCACAUCUACAACAUGGGCACGCCGGGGUUCGAGAAGGAUCGCGUGCAGUUCUACGCUGCCGAGAUCUGCUGCGGCCUCGAGCACCUGCACCGAGAGUCCAUCGUCUACAGGGAUUUGAAACCGGAGAACAUCCUGUUAGAUGAUAACGGCCACAUCCGGAUCUCAGACCUGGGACUGGCCAUCAAAGUGCCUGAUGGAGAGGCGAUCCGGGGUCGAGUGGGCACCGUGGGGUACAUGGCUCCGGAGGUGAUCAAUAACGAGCGCUACAGCAUGAGUCCUGAUUGGUGGGGUCUGGGCUGUCUGAUCUACGAGAUGACGGCCGGCCGGUCGCCCUUCCGUGCCCGUAAGGAGCGAGUGAAGAGGGAGGAGGUGGAGAAACGGGUGCAGGAGGAGGAGGAGGAGUACAGCGACAAGUUUACCGAGGACACCAAAGCCAUCUGCAGGAUGCUCUUAGCCAAAGACCCUAAGCAGAGGCUAGGCUGUAAGGCUGAGGGCGCGGCGGAGGGUAAAGCUCACCCCUUCUUCAAGAACAUCAACUUCAAAAGACUAGAGGCUGGAAUCCUGGAACCUUCCUUCGUGCCUGAUCCCAGGGCGGUCUACUGUAAGGACGUUCUGGACAUUGAGCAGUUCUCAACUGUUAAAGGAGUGAAUCUGGACCAAACCGAUAAUGAUUUCUACACCAAGUUCGCCACCGGCAGCGUCUCCAUCCCGUGGCAGAAUGAGAUGAUCGAGACGGAGUGUUUUAGUGACCUUAACGUUUUCGGGCCUCUGGGUAUAAGAUCUCCAGAUCUGGACUGGACUCUACCGCCCGAGGCUCCACGCCGCAGCCUGCUGGACCGAAUCUUCAGGAGAAAUGUGAGGAUCUCCUCCUCCUCACAUACAGAGGAACCAGCCCGAGAACACAACAGCUAACUACAGACCAGCAGCAUCCAGAGGCAACCGUCGCUCGCGUUCGAGUCUCGUCUUCCAGCGUUGACUCUGUGUCAAACUUCGCCCCCUAGUGGACGGACGCCUGCGGGACUACAGGGAACCACAGCGAGCCAUGUAUAGCGAGAAAAAAGCUCCUGUCCUGCACAGGCUGGCAUAGGAGGAUGUUGUUUCUGUCCUUGUGUUCGCCGACACUUUCCGCCUGCCGGACGGCAGCAGACGAAGUGACUUUGCUUCGGAGACGAUAAAGACGUUUCUUUUUUUUUCAUUUACGUUUUUUUUAAAUAAAGGACGACUUUCUGUGCUCACCUCAUGCUCCCUCAGGAUCGCUGGACCAGAAUUUUAAAAAACAAACUGACUGACGAAAUAUUCAACUCUAUUAUUCAGGGGAUUUAAAUAAGGCCUCCACAGGGGAACGGGGGGCGAGAGGGUUUCACCCCAUCACUUCUGGAUGGAAGGCUGACGGAGUGAAAUAAAGAGACUCCACACAUUAUACACACAGGCCUUCAAUCACCCACACACACACACACACACACACACACCCACACACACACUUUUACGCUCUUUUACGUUCGAUUUUGUCCACAUAAUAACGACUCGCUGAUAUGACACACCUCCGACCUCCACAUUGCCUUGCAUACGUACACUCAGGCCAAAGAUACGACACGGAUCUGGACUUCAGGUGGGCGUAUUUUGUUCCUCGGAGUGAGGUUAGACCUAAAAAAUAAGCACAAGUGACCAACAGUCUCUGUUUCUCACUCGUCCAGGUGCGUCACCUGGGAAAAGGAGGGUCUGUCUGCAGACUGGGACGUAAAUCCUCACAGAAUCCUCAUAGAAAGCUUAGAAAUCUAGCUUGGCAAGCUACCUACCAUCACUAGUAAUGAUUUAACACAUUUAUAAGGCAAACAUGACCUCAGUCAUCCAGUACAGGUUGGUUAUCAUGGUUAUUUCUUGCUAGCAUUAUAUUAAAAUUCAUUCUUUUAAACAAAUAUUAGCAGUAAACAUGAUGAUCAUUACUAAAUGUGGCUUUAAAACCCUCUAGUUAGCAUUAGCAGUAAUAAUUAUCAAUAUGACUUCCAAAUCCUCUCAAAGAUCUGGUCUAGUUAGCUUAUAUAAGCCAGCUAGCUUAACUUAACAAGCAAGGUUAUAUAUUUUACUAAAAAAACAAAAGCUAACAUUAUGUAUAGAACACAUACUACUUUGUCCUCAGAAAUCCUGUCAUAAUAGCUAACCUGCUAACAUUGUCCCUAACAUUAGCAAAAUCUAGAAAGCAAAGUAAACAUUACACAUUAACUUGUUAGCUAACUGGUCAGCAUUUGUUAUAAGCUGUUAUAUAUUAAUAAACUAAAUACUGAUAUAAAAAUCACCUCAGGUUAUGUUGGGUUGUCCGAUAUUUUAGCUGUUAGCUGUAAUGGCUAGCAUUAGCAGUGUAGAUGCUGCAGUUGUGAUUCCUGUUGGUUUUGUUAGCUAGCUUGCUUUCUCAUUUAGCAAGAUGGCUAACAUUAGCAAAACAAACACCCCCCCCCCUCUCCCAACUAAACAAUAAAUAUAAGUAACAAAAGAAAUAGUUUUUAUAAAUGUAAACAUUGUCAGGAUUUACUCGUGUUUGCUAGCUGGUUUUUGCAGGGACCUUGACCAGCUCAGAAGAUGUUUUUUCUGCUCAUGUUUACUAUCUAGCAUUAACGUUUGCUCAGGGGCCCAACAGUGGCAACUUGGCGGUGGUGGGGCUUAAACCGGCAACCUUUUGAUUACUAGUCCAGUAUCUUAACCACUGAGCUUUCACUGCCCAUGUCUAUUUGUAAAUUAACGAGAGCAGUGAAGACGAUAGACAGUUCGAGAAGCGUUAGGAGUUAAAAUUAUGAACACGUUUCAGCUAGCUAUAUAAAUAGGGGGAAACAUUUUGCUAACAUUUUUCUUGCCCACAUCUGCAGACAGACCCUCACGACUGAAGAAAAAGCUAAAGUGGCUAACAGAGAGCGAACCGCGCGGUCUUGUGAUGGUAAAGUUUUCGUGGACUCAAAAAUCGUCUUAUUUUUCUUUAAAGCUUCCUUAUUUUGCCAAACUGACGAAUGAGAAACUCCCAGUGAGAAUAACGUUAAAUUAGUUGUCAUUAGCCGUGCUCGUUUUUAGCCACAUUAGCAUUUUAGACAAAGUGUCCCUUUAAACCACAGUUUUCUUAUUUUACAUUGUUAGCUUGUAUGAUGCUAACGCUCACAUCUUAUGUGCUAAAUAACGGAGUACAAGGGAAUUAGCCAGAGGUGCUAAAGUGGUGGAGUAGUGAAAGUGGGCGUGGUCUCAUCAGACCAGGUGAUACUAAUUGACAGCACAACAGCCAAUCAGAGCGCUCAGUGCAGUUGUUGGAUCGCCUCCCUUUAAAAUAGAAUGAAAUAGAUCACUAGAUUAAAAGUUUUAGCGUAUAGGUCUGAAUUAGCCUAGCCUCCCUUGGUCUUCACUCCUGCUCAUGUCUCUGUGCCGUUGCGCUCAUGCUAGCGGAGAAUCCUGUCAGGCUAACGUGCCAAAACUGAUUGAUGUAUUUUUAUUAUUAUUAUUAUUAAUUAUUAUUAUUAUUUGUUAAGAAUGAAAUUACGUCGUGUGUCAUGAUGGGUUCGAAACUGACAUGCUAAUUAUCGGGUAGCUGUGAGACGAGGCGACUGUACUUGUGUUACGGUAAACAUUCAGUUGAAAUUAGCGCACCGUGGAAGUACCGGCUACUGCAGCUAAAGAAAAAACAAGCUGUUGCAUACACUUGUGGAUUUUACUCACCGUUUACUCACCGCCGAACGUAUUUUGUUCAGUCCAGUUAGCUUAAAUUGUGUGUUUAACUCAUUUUAUUUACACUAGACUUUGAUGCUCCUUACAAUCACAAUCAGUUUUCUAUUUUCCAAAACUGCAGUAAACUGUCAAUGAGACAAAAAACAAAACAAAACUCUGUGCAGGCGCCUUCAAUCAGCCAGCAGAGGUCGUAAUUGCAUUAGUUAUGAGAGAGACCCCAUCCGGCUUAGUCCUGCCCAUAUCUGAACAACAGGCCAAUCGUUGUUUAUGUGGUUUCUCAGCCCAGCCGGUAGGCAGAGCUAAGGGUUCGAUACGAUGUAUUCAAGAUCCCAGCUCUGGUUCCAGCGUGUGUUUUUACCGCUGCGCCCCAUGAGCGGCCCGUAUCGACCUUGUUUUAAUCGUUUUUGUAAAAUUAUUUUAUUGUAUUCUCAGAAUUAUCUAAAAUUAAUUUUAAAUGUCAGUCACAGAUCAUAUCGCCAGUAAAAUUUCCCAAGCAAAAUGACGUUCUAUGUUUUCGUUCUCUUUAGUUUUGCGAAGAGACUCUCACACAAGUUUCAUGUCGUGUUGCAUCGUGUCGAGUUAAAACAGUUCAGAAAGUCAUUAUAUCAAACAAUUUGGUUAUAAUUUUGGAUAAUGAAGUCUUUUAUGGUGCGUGUUUAAUGGUAACACAGUUCCAGUCGCCUUGUCUCACAGUCACACGCCGUUGGAAGACCCGGAUGCCUGAAAACCUGACAUGUCAUAUCAUCUCCUGUCCACUCAUCUUCAGAACUUGGUCAGACGUGUUCUUGGAACACAGCUCUCCUUCCAGUCUCGGUCCCGCUCCCCGAACCGAGACGUUCUCACCGUACUGUUUACACAGCAGCUCAGUAAACCAGGUUCAUUUUAACCAGCAUACCUCAGCGUACCCGUCCCACUCAUUUACCCUCCACACCGAAGUCAUUUCAGCUCUCUGUGUUUCUCAGACACUUCUACAGUGGUGAUAAGUGCUUUCUUCUAGAUUCAGAUGUGUAAAGUGGUGACGAGGAUUUAGAAUGAUAACUAAGCUACAUGUUUAAGAUUAUGGCAAAAAUAAAUGGAGAAAAUAAAAGGUUCUUUGAUUGUGCCCUAUAAAACGUGA